AUGGCCCUGCGAGCGAAGCCCACCGCGUCCAUCACCCCCUUCAGAAUCGCCGCCGCCUCAAUCUCCUCGUCGUCACGAAAGGACGCCAGCCCCGCCGCCGCGCACUCGACCGGUCUCAUCAAGAAGGAGCGGAAGGAGGUGCCCCUGGUUAGCCAGGAGGGCACCAAGGGUGUUUUGCAAUAUGCUCUCACCUCCCUCGACGUAAUAACGAACUGGGCCCGUCAGUCCUCCCUCUGGCCCAUGACCUUCGGCCUCGCCUGCUGCGCCGUCGAGAUGAUGCACCUCUCCACCCCCCGCUACGAUCAGGAUCGUCUCGGAAUCAUUUUCCGUGCCUCCCCCCGCCAGUCUGACGUGAUGAUCGUCGCCGGCACCCUCACCAACAAGAUGGCCCCCGCCCUGCGCCAGGUCUACGACCAGAUGCCCGAGCCCCGCUGGGUCGUCUCCAUGGGCUCUUGCGCCAACGGCGGCGGCUACUACCACUACUCGUACUCCGUCGUCCGCGGCUGCGACCGCGUCGUCCCCGUCGACGUCUACGUCCCCGGCUGCCCCCCGACCUCCGAGGCCCUCAUGUACGGCAUCUUCCAGCUCCAGCGCAAGAUGCGCAACACCAAGAUCACCCGCAUGUGGUACCGCAAGUAG